UCAUCACUCUUUCCUAUCUACUCUCUGCUGGAUCAGAGCUAGAAGAGCAGACCGGAGGGUGAUGGGAACAUCUAGCCCCUAACUAUGGGCCCAGAAGAGACUACCGCCAUGGUGAAAACAUCUGCAGCUGUGCGCAUCCAAGCCUGGUGGCGUGGCACACUGCUGCGACGCUCACUGCUGUAUGCCGCCCUCAGCGCAUGGAUCAUUCAGUGCUGGUGGAGAAAGAUAAUGAUGAGGGUGCAAGGGAAGAAACGGCGGAUGGCUCUGGAGUUAUAUGCUCGAAAAACUUGGGCAAUAGUCAAGCUGCAGUCCUGGUUCAGAAUGUGGCAUAUUCGUCAACGAUACUGUCGUUUGCUAAAUGCUGUUCGCAUCAUCCAGGUUUAUUGGCGUUGGCAUAGUUGUCACACCCGUGGCUUUAUUCAGGGCAACUAUGAAAUCAAAGAAAAUCGACUGAAUAUUCAACUUGAAAUUUCCCUGGGCUCACAGGCUUGUAAGGUGGAACAGUGCAUAACCCUACCAAUAAAAGAGUGAUCAGGUCUGCCACACCCG